GAAGCGAUUUAAGCAUCCGCGCAUUUUCUGCCAAAAUUUAUUCGUGAUAUCAACGUCAUUUUCAAUUCGAAUAUAUGAUCCAUUUCAUUGGUAACGAUGUCCGCACGGAAAAAAGCCGCAAAGGAAAUUAGUCCGAAAAAAACGCUUGUGAGCCCACGACGGGAAAAAAGCAAGUUAUCCACAUCACUGCGUUCGGAUCUAAUACCGACAACGAAGCCACGAGUAUCAUUGAAUAUCAAGAUAACAUCAAUCGAGAAUUUAACAGAAUACAGCAAAAAUGUGAAUUGCAAUGAUUUUAAAAUAGAAGUAUCUCAUCAUAACUUCCAAGUAACUCCUCUAAAUGAGAACUCUGGUGAAAUUUAUGUCUGUCCAUGUGAACCAAGCGAAGAUGUCCUAUCUGAUGAAUACUUCUCAGCAAGGAAUUUCAACACUUCGCUAACCACUUCGGCUUUUUCAUCUGCUCCUAAAAUUGACGUCAUGAGCUUGGAAUGUUUAUACAGCAUUCAAAUUGAUCCAACUGAUAUUGAUGAUCUGAAUAAGCUGGUAGAUACACCAUUAUUGUUCACCCUAUAUCGACUUGAUGAAGUUGCAGAUCAACUACAGACACCGAGGAUAACUGUUGUUGAUUCCAUGAUAGAAAACCUAAAGAAGAAAAGUAGUAAGAAAAGAGUUAAUAAACGCGAUAAACGUGAGAAAGUGGAAUCAUCUUCUGCAGUUGAAACUGUUAUUUUGGAUAAAAUUCCUAAUAUGUCAAAAACUCCUGUUGGAUAUGCCCAUUUGGAUUUGGUGAGCUAUGUUAAAAACAAACCCCUCCAGCAAUUGGAGGAAAUCUACGUCUAUCCGAUCACGGUUUUAGCCGACUUGAAAACACCCAAAAUUAAAGUUCAAGUUAGCUCUGCUGAAGCACUCAACCAAAUGAGCGACGAAUCUAUUUGUAAUUGCAUAACGAUUACGUUAGAAGAUAUUUUUAAUCCACCUGACUUUUUGUUUAAUUCGGAAAUCGAGGUCUUGGUAGAUGUUUCUUUAAUAACUAGACAGACGGGAGAAGGUGAUUACGAAACUAAAAAAAUUGUGACAUUCUCUCAUGGCAAAUUAUGCAAAUACGAACCGAACGAUUUAUUCAAAAGAUGGAACAAAUUGGGAGAUGUUGACUGCAUUGGUUUGUUGACACAAUUAGAAGUUAAUAGAAGCCUCAGAGGGAUACAUAAUUCAAAAAAUAUUGAUUUUUCUGUAAUAAAUGGACAUUUUCCUGUUAUACGCUUCAACUCAAUUAGCCGACAAGUAUUGAUAGGAAACGCUUGUCCUGAAUUAGAAAAUCUGAUUAAUUACAGCGACGAGCAAGUUGUAGUAGAGGUGCGCUUUGUUUCUAGUAAGCAAACAGAAGACGGACAGGCAAUGUACUUAGGAACUCUGGAUUUAUCGCCUCUUUUGUAUCCUGAAGUUAAAUCCGGGCGAUUCGUAGUCCCAAUCAAGAGAUUUGAUAAGCCCGAGAUUCCAGCUAUUCCGAAACCUGAGAAAAAAGCACAGAAGAAAAGAUCUGUUGCUCUGGGUGUAAAAAAAAUGGAAAAAACACCUUCCGGUCUUACUCGGGCUACACAGUCUAUUGACACGUUACCGACGAAACCAACUGGUGUAUUACGAAAUCGAAAAGAAAUGAAGUCACAAACAAUAGAAAAGUUAGAAAUUGAAUUGGCCGAAACUAGAUACUGCGUAGCAUCAAUGAUUGAAUCACCACUUGGCGAGAACCUUUUUCUUGUUUUGGAAAUUUGUUUCACAAUUCCAAUAACUGAAUCAAGAUCUAAAACUAUUUGUGCCGAGCUUGUGAAAGCUACUAUUCCAGAAGUUGAUGAGGUGCAAGAGGAAACACAUUUUAAGGUCUUAGCGGAGACCAUAGAAGAAGAACUAGAGCAACAGAUUGUAAAAAUUCUGCAAAGUCUCCCAGUUCAUAUAAACGCAGACGUGAUUCUUAGCAGUAGUCGCACAGGACUAGCGGACAAUAUUGAUGAGGUUCCCUUUCUUAAAGAGAUAAAAGAAAACAUGACCAAUACAAUUAUGAGACUAGUAGCUGUCAAAUACAAUCAUAACCGGAAAACUUCGGACAAUAGUCAUUUCAAGGAUUUGAUGUCUGUUGUUUACAAUAACUUAACUGAGAAAAUCGGGUUCAUCAUAAAUGACUAUUUUUCUGGAAAAGACAAUUCAGUUAAACUGAAGCAGCGAGCUCGCAAGGAUCUACAUAUGUUUAUUGCUAAGGAAUUCCAUGUAUUAAAUUAUGCAGUUGCCUCGAGGGAUGUAUACAAACAAAGACUCGAAGAUCCGGAAAACUACGAAGAAACCAUGCUUGAUUUAGCCAUUGAUGACUUGGCAAAUAUGCGUUAUGAACAGGCCAAUGGGAGAAUUAAGGAACUACUUUUGCGCAAUAACAAAAAUUUAUACGGAUUAAUUAUUCAAGCCUACAUUGAGUACAUAUCUAACGGAUUGGAAAGUCUCUAUCCACUUUUAACAAACAUUGUAAAUCUGUGUCCGGAUAAUGUAGAAGUUUGGACACUCCUCUAUGUUCUAUACAAAAAUAAAAACUAUCGCGCCGGCUUUAAGCACGCGAAAAUGAUGUAUGAAACAAAUUGCGCGGAUAGUUUAGUGUGGUUGCCAUUCUUUUGCUCACGUAAAGAACCGUAUUUUGAGGCACAAUUCGAUGACUGUGCACCACACAAUUGCAUCUACAUCUUCCUAAAAUUGGGUACUCUGAAGUUCGCUGAAAUGGUUUACGAUUUAUUUAAGGAAAAUAUAAAAGAAAACGCAAGAAUUAUAAUCACGUCAACAUUAUAUUUACUUACAAUGCAAUACGAAUCCGGAUUGAGAAACUUGAAAACUUUCAGACGGAAUUCGAAAACGGACAUACUUGUACAUCUCUACGAAGGACAUUUCCUAUUCGCAUUAGGCAAGGAAGAGGAAGCCAUCUUAGAAUACCAAAUUGUGUUUCAUUCGGGACAAACGGAAGUUUCAAGUCAAAUUGCUGCACUGCGCUGUGGGUUUUGGGAUAUCAAACAUAAGAAAUACGAGUCGGCCAAGACAUAUUUUUCGGCAUGCGCACAGACUAUGGGGACAUUCUUAUCGUGGUAUGGAUUGGGCAUCACAUUCUUUCGGACAAAUCAACUCGAUGAGGCGGAAUCUUGUUUUUCAAAAGCUACGGACAUAUACAAACCGUUUGCAGAAGUUUGGAUUUAUUUGGCCAUGAUUAACUUGAAACUAAAUAAACAGAAUGAAGCAAUUGUCUGCUAUCAAAAAGCUAAAAAGUAUUGUCCAACUACAACAGAACUUUGGGAUGAAAUGAUAUGCUUUUUUCGUAAAAUGAAUGUAGCAUUGCCAGUUUUGUUUUGAGACACUUUAU